ACACAGACUGACAUUUGUGCUUUUAAUUUGAAGGAACACUUAUCUUCUUCCUUUCUGUUGUUGUCUCUCGGUAACUUGACACAACAGUCGCCGCCAUAACUUUGGACAAGUGUAAACGUUGAUAUGAUUUGCGCAGGAUUACUCAAAGCGCCCGCGGUAAUGGAGGAACCACUGAGCAUCGUAAAUGUUUGCCUCACGGAACAAAACUGGCGACACACAGUUUGAAACUACAAACAUGCCUCGCCCUUCUCGAAACAAACUCUCUCCAUGGAUCGAGAAUUUGAUCCUGAGCUACGGCAGCCCGGAGGGGGACAGCGGCGGCAGCAGCAGCAGCGGCGGGCGGCUGAAGGCUCAUGUCAUCGGGGUGGGUCAGAUGUCUAAGUCCCAGGCUCAGGGCUCUGAGGGCCCUACAGGGCUCCUCUUCCUUUCCGACGGGGUGCUCCAGAUCCCGGCCAUCCUCACCGCGUCCGCCUGGGAGCAUCUUCAGGAGCAGGAGGACCGCGAGUGUUUCACCAGCUUGGUCAACACCACGGUGUGCAUCCAGGACUGCCGACUGCAGUUUCACAUGGCCCUCGAACAGUUUAAAUGCAGAUUCUUUUUGUUGGUCGGAGAGCUGGCUACCACUGCAGCCGGUCCAGUUAAAGACAACACCCCCUGCUGCACCACCCUGGCCUCGGUCAGGCUGAAGAUCUGUAAGACGUGGAAGGCCCAGUUGGGUCCCGAGGUGCAGGACUCUCAGAGGAGCCAGUGUGGGUUUGAUCUGUCAGAGCUGCUGGGGGAGUGGCAGCAUGACUGUGUGCAGGAUGUGCUGGAGGAUGUUCGGGAGAGGCUGAUGGUAGCAAGCAGCCGCCCUGUGAGCCCACAGCCCUCCACCUCACUUCACAUCUCUCCGGUGACCAGUCCGGGCACAUGCACUGCCACAGGGUGGGAUGUGGACAGGGUGAGACAUAAGGGAGUGAAAUCUUUCAGCGUCCCCAUAAAGUGUCUUCUCAUCCCAGAGGAAGAUGCUCAACAGCUGCAAACACCGUCUGCUGUUGGAAGCAGGACACCGAGUGGACUUUGUGCUGACUCUGAGGACAGAAAGAGAGAUUUACCGCAAGUCUGCAAAAAUUCAGAGGGCGCACGGCCUUCUGUGGAUGAUGCAGACUGGCAAACGGCCAUGCCAGCAGCUGAAGAGGGAGACCCUGACACCAAUGAGAACUCACCUCUUUCUGCAGAGGACUAUAUGCUGCACGAGGACACGAUUACAAGGAUGACUGACAGUGACAUCAGGCCUUUAUCCAACCCUUGGGAUAUUUUUCCCCCGCCAUGUGAAACCUCCUCGUCCUCUGAUGCAUCCCCACAGGCAACACCAUCAAACACCCUGCACCUGCCCACCGCUGCGAAAUUCAAGCCCGAUGAUGCCGCGAUCUUAACCAGCACGCAACUUCCUGUCCACAGCCCGAAUGAAUCCCAGCAGACAUCAGAGCAUAGCAAAGGAGAGCACAGCUACUUCCCGCCAUACCAGAAACCGCCUCCCUCGACCCGCCUCCCUGCAUCUGCUGGUUCUUCAACUUCAACCUCUGUGAGUCCACCAGAACCUUUUUCCAGACCGUCGGACCUGUCACCUGCCACGGACAAACAGUGCGCCCCCACAGCACAGCAAAACCUUUCAGCUUUGGACCAAGAAGACACGGUUUUGAAGGACAUGGAGGAGACCAUUUAUAGAAAAUGUAGAAAGGCAAAGAGAAAGAGAAGUGAGCCCACGCCAGAAGCACUUACCACCUUAGUGGAGGAGCAGGAGGAGGAAGCUCAGACCAGUGGGAACCCUCCAUCUUGGCUCUUUGAGACACAGGCAGGCUCUGGGGCCGAGGAGGGACACAAAAAGGGCCAAACCGCAGGGACGACCCCGAGAAGAAGCCUCCCCGUUCACAGUAAUGGCAGGCCGUUCUCUUACUCUUACAGAGUGUCUGGUCAGAAUCUGCAGGAUUUCAGUCGAUUCAGAGUCGCUGAAUCCUUGAUGCACUGGGCCGUGAAGUAUCUGGUUGUUCCGAAGCCGACAGACAAUCCACACAAUGGGUCAGUGACCUCUGACAGGACAGAGGUCACUUAACCGUAGGUUCGAAAUGUUGGUGGACAGUUGAGCUGCUCUGUUGUUCUUUCAUUUGUUGUUUUCAGCUUGUUGAGUAUUUCAGUCUCCUCUGCGCAAGUGCUGACUCAUGUUAAUGUUGCAGAGCAGUUUUUUAUAGUUGAGUCUAUUUUGUAUGGUGUUUAAUACGCA